UUUACAGCCAACUGUACAUCUGUGAAAGACUUUGAUGAUUGUCUAGGAAACACAGCAGAUUUCUGUCCAAAGGAUAUUGCCUGUGCAUGCAAAGAUGGAAAGCCUUUCUGCAAAUGUCCAAAUUUCAGAGGCCAGUGGGGAGACUACUGGUACAUGGGGGACAAAUGCAAACAACUGUGGAGCACUGUGGACCUGAUUUUAGUAGCAACAUUGCCUGGAAUAGCACUGGCUCUAAUCGUUGGUGUGGUAAUCCAGAUUAUCCACUACUGUAAAGGGAAGUCAAAAAAGAAUGAAGGUCAUCACAGAGAAGAGAGGACUAUGUCAGAACUUCGACCUUACCAUAAUUCUGCAUAUGGUUUUGAUACUGAUAGGAAUCUUCCUCAACCUAAUCAAGGCAAGAAUCCUUGGAAUCUAUCCCACCAGGAAGCUUUCUCCAGAAGUUCCUUUUCUCCAUCAUCACAAUUAUCCAGAACGAAUUCCAAGAGACAAACUAUAUUGCUCAAGAAGUCAAACUGGGAUGUCUCUCUGGGACCAACUAAGCCUGCUGUAAACUAUGGGAGCAAUUAUUUGUCAACCACACACAUGAAGCCAACCUUUGAUGUUUCCACAUCUGGGCCCCUGAGAGCAACCUAUACUCCAAAAGAAAAGAAAUACUCAGCUUAUGAAGAACUAGAAAACCCUUUUAAAAUAGGCCGGGCACACAUGAAAUCUGACUAUUGAUUUUCCCACAUAAAAAAUAAAUGUUUGUGUAAAUCUA